GUGCUGUCUGUAUGCUGCCUCUGAGGUUAUGUUCUAUUGUUCUGAGUCCAGGUCCAGCCAGGCCUAUAACAAACAAUCUGCCUGAGCCUUCAUACAUUUUGGGAGGAUAACGUUAUAAGUAGCCUAUCAGUUGAUAAAUAGAAUGCAGCAGGACGAUGUUGUGUGGGGUAUCAUCAACAAUUCAUUUUGUUCAUUUAAAGUCAACACAAAAACUCAGCAGUUUUGCAGAAAUGAAUACAAUCUCACAGGAACAUGUAACAGAUCUUCCUGUCCACUUGCCAACAGUCAAUAUGCCACCGUAAGAGAGGAAAAAGGAAUAAUCUACCUUUACAUGAAGACUACAGAAAGGUCUGCUUUUCCUAGAAAAACAUGGGAACGAGUUAAAUUAUCAAGAAACUUUGAAAAGGCCAUAUAUCAAAUAAACGAAAAUCUACUUUUUUGGCCUCAAUUUAUCAAAUCUAAAUGCAAGCAAAGGUUUGUCAAAAUAACCCAGUACCUGAUUCGGAUGAGGAAGUUGAGGCUAAGGAGACAGAAGAAGCUUGUUCCAUUGCCCCGGAAGGUAGAGAGAAGGAUAAAGAGGAGGGAAGAAAAAGCACUUAUUGCUGCUCAGCUGGACAAUGCAAUAGAGAAGCAGUUGAUGGAAAGAUUGAAGAAAGGAGUGUAUGGAGACAUAUACAACUUCCCACAGAAUGUAUUUGAGAAGGCACUGGACAAAGAAGAAGUGGAGGGAGAGGACGAGAGUGAGCAGGAAGAAGAGGAAGAGGACGAAGAAGCUGAGCUGGAUCCUGAUAUAGAGAAAGAGCUGCAGAAACAGCCUGAGUUUGUGGAAGGUGAUAGUGGAGAUGAAGACGAUGAGAUGUCAGACAGUGGGGAUGUGGAAUCAUUGGAUGACUUUGACGAAUCAGACAUUGAGGAUAUUGAGGAGGUGUCCGAGCUAAAAGAACCAUCCAAAGCGGCAAAUAUCAAAACUGCUAAGUCCAAGAGGCCACACUUGGAGGUUGAAUAUGAAAGUGAGACAUCUACCAGACCGAAAACCAAGCGGAAAGAUGUUUCAUUCUAGAAUCAAAUAAACUUACUAUUUUUAUUGAAAA